GUUAAGAACGAUACCUUACUAAAGCUCUGACAACACUCUGCAUUAUUUCUGAAUUCCUUAGGAAAUCGCAAGAAAUGGCGGACCCCAAGUACGCUGAUUUACCUGGAAUUGCAUACGAUCAGCUUGACGUUUAUGAGACAAGUGAUUUACCAGAAUCGGAGCAAAUGCAAAUGUACUGCGAGGAUGAACCUGAUAGCUCUUGCGUGGAACAGCUACACAUCAGUGCCAAAGAGGCAUUCAACAAGUUCAAGGGCAAGCAAAUUGUUGGAAAACCGGUUGAUUUCUCAGAUCGUCUAUCUAACAAGCCAAGAACAGGAUAUAAUAUUUCCAGAUUCGGCGAUUGGGAACUUGCUGGCGAGGGUGAGAAAGAGACUCCUCUCCAAAAGUUUCAACGACUCCAAUGUGAAAUUAAGGAACUAUACGAAGAAUUGAAUGAACUGAAGGAAAAAUCUAAAGAUGAGGAAGAGAUCAAAUCUGUGAGCGAAAUCAUUGUUCAAACACAGCAGAUAGAGAUACAAUUGGUUUCUCUAAAGUUAGAAGAGUGUUUAGGACCUAAUGUAAUUGCAAAUCUAUCAGAUCCACAAGGCACUGUACUUAAGCAAUUGAUGUCACAGAUAGAAUUGUUCAAACAAACCGGUAUGCCUCCUACCAAGUCAUCAGAGAGUAAAAAGACUGACGAGUCGAUUGAGCCUGGUAUUCUUAAGUAUCAGAUGAUGUAUUUGCCAGAAAAGGCAAGGAUGCAAGAAGCUGCUAGGAUUGCGCAGCUUGAGCAAAGACUUUACUGUCUAGAAAAUAUUAUAGGAACAAGUAACGACAAGCUUUCGAAAUUCUCGCAGAAUCUUAAAUGUCAGGGGAUUAUGGAAGCUGUGCAACAAUUAGAAGCAAAGGCUUCAUUAUUAGAUGUCAAUCAAUUAGACACCAUCGAAACGAGAUUAGGUACUUUGAUUUACCGAAUGGAUAGUAUUGCGCAGAAAAGAGCAACAACGGAACAAGAAACGGAGCAAGAACAAAAAAUCUCAGAAAUGUAUGAUAUAAUGAAAAAAAUGGAUGCUAUAUCACAAAUAUUACCGCAAACAGUAGAAAGAUUAUUGGCAUUGAGUGACAUUCAUCAACAAGCUGCUGCUUUCAGUAAAUCUUUAAUAAAAUUAGAGGAACUGCAAGUAGAAAUCUCGUCGCAAUCAGAAAGUAACAAAUCUCUACUGAAGGGAGUCCAGGAAAGUUUUGCUUCUAAUAUGGAAGUUAUAAAAAGCAACUUAGCAUUGCUCGACGAUCGUAUCAAAAAACUGAAAUUAAAGUAAAGAUAUUCGAUCUAGUCAUAAAACAUAACUAGAUCAAUUUAUGAAAAUUGCUUUACAUAU